CGCGUCCUGGACGUCCGAAACGAGGAGGAUACCGAAAAAAACUAGAUAUUAAGGCACGAAAUGUGGAGCUACGUCGUUUAAAGACAGAAAUUCAGGAGGAUUUGGCACAAUUGACUUCAAUGUUGAAUCUUGUUCUGUGAGUGUAAUUUUAAUUCCUUUGUGUAUUUUAUCUUCUUUCCUUUUUACAAUUUCCUUUUCUUUUUAUUUUAUAUAGUCGUCCAGAUCGUCCGAGUCAAUGCUAUUGUGGAGGGUGUUCGAUUUUACCCAAUAAGACAUUGAACUUGACAGAACAAUCUGUGCCAAGAAAUUUUGUGGACACCAUGGUGUGGAUAAACGAUGUACCGCAAUUUAUUUCGUCGGCCGAAAUUGAGGAUAAACCACUGGACCUUUCUAUGAAGGCUUCCGUCUUAAAUAAAAUUUUUCUACCGAAAAUUUCUGUGAAGGACAUUAAGACGCUUAUAGACGAUCCUUUGUGGCUUGAGCCUGUGGUUAAUGCUGCUCUUCAACCGCAAGCAGAUCCCUCUUCUCAAGUGCAAGCAGGGCCUUCCUUCCAACCACAAGCAGGGCCUUCUUCUCAACCAAAAACAGAUCCUUUCUUCCAACCACAAGCAGGGCCUUCUUUUCAAUUGCAAACAGAGCCUCUUUUUUUAUCUACAAGCAGGGCCUUCUUCUCAACCAAAAACAGAUCCUUUCUUCCAACCACAAGCAGGGCCUUUCUUCCAACCACAAGCAGGGCCUUCCUGGUAUAG